ACCGGUUUUGCGAUCGCGUCGUUUGCGUUCUCGAUUGUAUUUUUUUUUUUAUUUUAAAUUUAUAUUUCAUUCGUCCGCGCGCUCGGUGCAGUGUACGCCGUGCCCGUGCCGUUUACGAUGCGCCGUUGAGUGAUAUAUUUUUAUUUUAUUAUUUUUUUUUUUUUCUUUUCUAUUCCUCCUCGAAACUUUCUUAUCCGCGCGGCGAAAUCGAGUGCGACCGAAUCGCGAACCGUCGUGAACUGCGUGCGAAGUGAUAUCGUUGCGGACUAUUGUCAUUUUUCCCGGGCGCGUGUACAUUUUUUUUUUUUUGUUCCCCGCCGCGAAAAUGCGGCGGCCCUCCNUUUUUUUUUUUUGUCCCCCGCCGCGAAAAUGCGGCGGCCCUCCGGCAGUGCGACGGUCCGUCUCUGCGCGUCGCUUUUGGCGACGGUCCUGCUGCUGCUACCGUCCGUCCUGUCCUACGACGCGUGCCCGUCCGUGUGCUCGUGCAAAUGGAAAGGCGGCAAACGGACGGUCGAGUGCGCGGACCGGGCGCUCAUCACCGUGCCGACGGGCGUCGACGCGGACACCCAGGUGCUGGACUUGUCCGGCAACAAUCUGCAGAUAUUGCCGAACGAGACGUUCUUCCGGGCCGGGUUGGUGAACCUGCAAAAGGUGUACUUGCACAAGUGCCGCAUUGGCCAGAUCGACGAGACGGCGUUCCGCGGUCUCACCAACCUGGUCGAGUUGGACCUGUCCGACAACCUGCUGACGUCCGUGCCGUCGUACGUGUUCCGCGACAUUCCGUUCUUGCGCGACCUGUCCGUCGCCUCCAACCCCAUACAAAAGAUCGAGGCGCGCGCGUUUUUCGAUUGCCCCGGCGUGGUCAAGGUGGACGCCUCCAACUGCGGCCUGCAGUCCGUGGCCGGCGAGGCGUUCGACGGCGUGACCCGGCUGGAGACGCUCCGGAUCAACGGCAACCGGUUGACCGAGUUGCCGGCCGCCCUGCUCCGAGCCCUCAACAAGCUCCGGACCAUCGAACUGCACGACAACCAGUGGGUGUGCGACUGCCGCUUGCGCCCCAUGAAACUCUGGCUGUCCAACAACAACGUGCCGUACAGCCAGCCGGCACUGUGCACCGGCGGUCCGGAACGGCUGUCCGGAAAGCAGUUGACGGACCUGGACGUGGAGGAUUUCGACUGCCGGCCGGAAGUGCGCGCCGAGUCGCGGUACGUGGAGGUGACCGAGGGCGAGAACGCGACCGUCCGGUGUAGGGUGGAGCCGGGCUCGAUGGCGCACAUCGCGUGGUACCUGAACGGCCGCCGAUUGCAGGGGGCCGGGACGCCCGCCAUCGGUUAUCCGGGCGCGUCGUCCGCGAACCCGCGGAUGUUCGUGGUGGACGGUAUGGACGACGCGGACGGCGGCCGGCGCAGCGAAAUGACGCUGACGGACGUGCGGCGCGAGGACGCGGGCCAGUACUCGUGCCUGGCCGAAAACCGGGCCGGCAACUCGGAAGCCAAUUUCACGGUGUACGUGCUGGAGAAACCGUCGGCGAUCGCCACUUUCGGGUCGGCGCACGUCACCGGCGUGGCCGCCGCGAUGGCCGCGCUGAUCGUGUUCAUUUUGGGAUUGAUCGCGUGGACGGUGAUCCGGAUCCGCCGGUCCGGUUAUCCCGCGGACACCAAGCCGACGACGGAAUCGGUCAAUCGCAAACCCAACGGCACGUCGAUGGCGAUGAACGGCGCCGGCGGCGGCGGUUACAUGAACGGCGGGAUCAUAGCCGGCGGCGGGAAAACCAACCCGGCGUUGGACAUAUCGUCCGUGAUCGAACGCAAUUACGACCCCGACCUGGAACCCGGCCCCGGGCCCGUGACUCCCACGGGAUCGUAUCACGUGGCCGGAUUGGACCUGAUACACGACCACGACGCUUCCCGGUUGGAAAUGUGCGAUUCCCCGAUGUCGUCGACCGCGAAACCGCCCCCGUCGUAUUACAGCGGCGGCGGCGGCGGCAGGGCCGCCGGACCCGGGGGGAACGUGCGGCCGUACGACGACCGGACGCCCAUCAUCGGAACGGGGAGCGCCGGCGACGCGUACAGCGUGGGCACGGGAUCCGACGAGGUUUUCUCGUACAACAGCCAACAGCAAUUGCACUACGGCGGCGGCGGCGGCGGGCACUACGCGCCCCAACAGCAGCACGCGGUCGGCGGCGGCGGCGGCAGCGUCGGCGGCGGCGGUAGCGUCGUCAGCGAUUAUCCGGCCGACUACGGUCUUCCGAUCUUACCGCCCCAGGGUCACCAUCACUCUUCGACCAACGUGUCACAGCACCACCAGUUCCACCCUCAGCAACACGGCCAGCAGCCGCAGCAGCAACAGCAGUAUUACAACCCGCAGCAGCAGCAUCACCAGCAGCACCAGCAGCAUCAUCAUCAACAGGACGACGAGGGGAUGAUGACGUUACAACACCACCAGCCGUCGGUGAAAACCCUCCGGGUGUGGCAGCGGGGCGUACCGGUGUUGCCCACCACGCCGUCCCUGCAAAGGUUCGCCAACAGGACUUCGCCCACGACGCCCGGUACCGACGUCUGA